GUACUGAUCAGCGGCGUAAAUUAUCCCGCUAAAUUACAGAAUGUUCCAAUGCAACAAUCUGGAAACUACAUGCCAAUUGUCACAACUUCUCCACCAAUGAAUCCUCCACCAUCUGAGCAGGAAAAAUGGAAUGAUGAAUAUAAUCGAAUUUGGUCGAAAAUGGGUCAGUCCUGGAAUGAUGUAAGCUUAUUUGCUCAGUUAAAAGAACUUUUGAUUGGCCUUUUUAAUAUAAAUGAAUAUAUUGUUCUUUUUACUUUUUUUUUACAGCUUAAAGAAAAUUUGGCUAAAUCAGGACUUGAUCGAGAUUGGAAAAGUAUGUUUGCUAAGUUAACAAAUACUGUUGAACCAUAUAUGUAUGCAUUCUCCGAACAACUUGGUGAAGCACUGAAUACAGCUGUUCGACAACAACAAAAUGGAGUUCUUCAAAAAGUGCUAAUUGUUGAAUUUUUAUUAAAAUUUAUUAAAAAUAAUCUAAUAAACUAUAUUUUGUGUGGUAAAAAAAAAGAUUGA